UUUCUUGAACCCAAAUUCUGGUCAGUAGAGUUUUUGCUAUAAAAAGGGACCGCUUUCUUCCUUUUAAGCACAACUCUAAGUAUAAUUUCAGGUGUCUUAAAAGAAUCACCAAAAGCAAAUCUUCAAUCGAGCUCCCGUGUAUUCUUAUUAGUCACACAGGUCAUGGCACAGGUAGAAAUUCCUCAACAGCAACAGACUCCACGAGAAAGGUUGAUGGCAGCUGCUGAAGCAGGAAAAAUCGAUUUCUUGUACGAGUGCAUAAAAGACGAUCCACAUAUUUUGGAUGGUAUAGAUAAGAUCCCUUUUGUUGAUACUCCUUUACACAUAGCUGCCUCAGCUGGACAUGCCCAUUUCGCUAUAGAAAUGAUGAGAUUAAAGCCAUCAUUCAGUAAGAAGCUGAACCCAGAAGGGCUAAGCUCUUUGGAUGUAGUUUUGCGAAAAAGGGAAGAUCUCCGAAGAAACUUGGAAGACUUGGGUUUGCCAAAUAGGGAAGAGCAAAGCAAGUUGCGAAAGGAGCUCACUCAGACUAUAACACAGCUCAUAAAUUUUGACAAGGAGCUCAUACGAGUCAAAGGGAGGGAGAGCUUCACUCCUUUGCACUACGUAGCUGAAAACGGCGACGUUGAUCUUUUGGCUGAAUUUCUAUUGGCUUGUCCAGAAUCAAUAAUGGACCGGACUAUUCGAGCUGAGACUGCCCUGCACAUUGCUGUGAAAAAUUCCAAGCUAGAAGCUUGUAAAGUGCUGUUGGGAUGGCUUCGCAGAUCCCUAAAUCUACAAUUGUUAAACUCGAAAGAUGAGAAAGGCAACACUGUGCUGCAUAUAGCAGUGUCCAAUUCACAAACUGAGAUUGUGAAGUUAUUAGGCGGUGCUGGAGCUUUUCAACAUUCAUCCUCUCCUACCCAUUAUAGUCUUGCUGGUUUUUUGAAGUCGCCGGAGAGAAGGAUCGAAAAAAUAAUUAAAAGUAGUCUUUUCCUAGAAGUUUUCUUAAAUCCAAACUUUUUCUCAAUGACGAUGGAGACACGGAAUGCGAUACUGGUUGUAGCUGUACUAGUUACAACGAGUACCUACCAGGCUAUACUUAACCCCCCAGGUGGAGUAAGAGGACUUGGUGGUGGCGACAACAACAAUAAUCAGCUAACUACCAACACCAAUGGUACUUUUAUAAAUGCCACCAUCAUCUCUACUACCGGUCUUCCUACUAAUGUCAGUCUUUUUAAUGCCACCAUAUUCACCCCCAGUGCCACCAACACAACCUACAAUCCUGCCAACCAAGUGCUAUAUCAUGAUGCUACUUUUAAAAAAGAUAUUACAUACGGAGAAUUCUUCACCCGAUUUUAUUUCCUCAACACAGUAUGCUUUUUUUGCUCAAUCGUAACAAUUGUCGCUAUCCUCCCACUGAAACGUCAUACUAUCAUGUUGUACUGCACCAUAUCCUUUCUGAUUAUGAGCUACGGGUGCUCAUUUUACGUCAUAUCACCAUCACAUUCCAAUACUAACUAUUUUAUUAAUGGAUCAUAUAUAUUUGCUAUUUGUUUUGUUUCACUGGUGAUGUAUCCUAUCACCUUCGGGGUAAUAGUGAUUCGGGUUUGCAUGUUACGCUCACACCAUCUUAGGGAACGCGUUGAAAUGCUAAAGCUUUGUUUAAAGGGUCGACUCCAAAAAUCAGAUUAGCCACAGCCAAACAUAAUGCAUUUUAUGUGGUGGUGCAUGAAUGGAUUCUUCAAAAAGUGACAUAUAUCUGACCCCUGUAAUUGCCGGUUUCGAAUUGCAAUCUCUCUUGUGAACGUGCUUGGUGUAUCUUUAUUACUUAGCCUAAAGAACAAGAUACUUUUGGUUGGUUUGGUAUGUUUGUUUUGCCUUUUGAUGGCAUCUCUCAGCUUCAUUUUUUUAUGUUUUGGUUUUAAUUUGAACCAACGUUUUGCAGCUUUCUGUGUGAGAGGGAGUAUAAGCCUCUUGUCUAGUUUAGCUCUCUCUACUCUGCUGCAUUGCGUAUGGCUUUGGCUUUGUCUUUGUCUUAUUGAUGUUUCUCUUUGUACUCUCUUGCUUUACUUCAAUAAAGCUUUAA